UGGCCACCUUCACAUUCAUAAAUCAUCACUUCCUAUCAGGAAGAGCGCAUCCAAGGAUUACUGGAGGCGGGAAGUCGGCAAUAAACCGGACCUCACAUGUGGUUCGCCCCCGGUGAGGAGCAUGUCCAACGCGGUGAGGAUGUCCAACGCGGUGAGAAUGUGCGUCCGAGCGCGGCUCUGUGGCCCUGCAGCCUCCAGGGCGCUCAACGUGAUGGUGGGGGGAAAAGGAGCAGAAAACGUUAGAGUGACGAGGAGCUUUGAGGAGAUCCCGAACACUGGCAGGAACAGAUGGCUCAACCUGGUCACAUUCUGGAGGGAAGGUCGCUUCAGGCUGCUUCACAAGCACAUGGAGAGCUCCUUCAACACACUCGGACCCAUCUACAGGGAGCACCUUGGCCCUCAAAGCACCGUGAACAUCAUGUUGCCAUCCGACAUCGCCGAGCUGUUCCGCUACGAAGGCCUCACCCCGCAACGGAUGGUCCUGCAGCCAUGGGCCACGCACCGGGAGACCCGCGGGCACGAGAAAGGAGUCUUCCUCAAGAACGGUGCCGAGUGGCGUGCCGACCGGCUGCUGCUCAACAAGGAGGUGAUGUUGAGCGCGGCCGUCAAGAGUUUCCUCCCCGACAUGGACGAGGUGGCGAGGGAUUUCUGCCGGAUGAUCAAGGGCAGGGUGGAGGGCCAGGGAAGAGGAACGCACGGCGAAAGCAGCUUGACCUUCAACCCCGGUCCAGACAUCUUUGCCUUUGCACUGGAAGCUAGCUGCUACAUUCUCUACGGGGAGCGCAUCGGCCUUUUCUCAUCAAAGCCUCCCAUGGAGUCUCAGAAGUUCAUCUGGGCAGUGGAAAGAAUGCUGACCACCACAGUGCCCCUCUUAUACCUGCCUUCCCCCCUGCUGGGCCGCCUCGGGACCUCCUUGUGGACCCAGCACGCCACUGCAUGGGACCACAUCUUCAGCCACGCCGAAGCGAGGAUGAAAAGGGGCUUCCAGCGCCUGUCCUCCAGACCCGCUCCCAGCUCCGAUGUAGGCAAGUCCACUGGAGUCCUGGGGAAGCUCCUGGAGAAAGGACAGUUAUCUGGCGAGGCCAUCAAAGCCAACAUCACUGAACUGAUGGCCGGAGCGGUGGACACGACGGCUGUACCAUUGCAGUUUGGUCUGUUUGAGCUGGCUCGUAACCCCGCGGUGCAGGAGAGCGUCAGGCGUCAGGUGACAGAGUCUAUGGGCCAGGCUGGUGGUGACCCUCAGAAAGCCCUGGAUGGGGCGCCGCUACUUAAAGGCACUGUCAAGGAGAUUCUCAGGCUGUACCCAGUAGGUAUCACAGUUCAGCGUUACCCGGUAAAAGACAUUGUUCUUCAGAAUUACAACAUUCCAGCAGGGACCUUGGUCCAGGUGUGUCUGUACCCCAUGGGGAGGAGUGCGGACGUCUUCGAUGACCCGCUUAACUUUGACCCGGGUCGGUGGGCCCGCAUGCGAAAGGAGGGGGGCCAGCGCAGGGCCACGUUCCGCUCGCUGGCGUUCGGCUUCGGGCCCAGACAGUGCAUCGGCCGCAGGAUCGCUGAGAAUGAGAUUCAACUGUUGCUCAUGCACAUCCUGCUUAACUUCCACCUCAGUGUGUCAUCUCCAAAAGACAUCGACACCAAGUUUGCACUCAUCCUGCAGCCCGAAUCACCACCUAGCAUCACCUUCAGGAAGCUCUGACACACACGUACACACACACACUCUCGACAAGAAGUGUUGUUUUGGAAUAAAACAACAAUUUACUCAA